AUGACUUUUGCUCUUGAAAAAUGUUGCAAUUCUCUCAAAAAUCUCCCCUUAUUAAAAUGUUUAUGUUUCACCCCCAAUGACCAAUAUGUAGCCCUUAAAAUAGCCUUUAGAUUUAUUGUUGGUUUCAUAUUGGGCAUAUUAUUGUAUAGAUAUAUUUUAUCCGAACUAGGAUUCACUGAUGAAAUUGCAUUUUAUUUGGCCUUAUCAAUUAGUACUAUCUUAGGUAUUGGUUUGGCAACUUCAUCUCAAAUUCGUUGCAUGACUUUGUUAGCUCUUACCAGUCUUGGAGGUAGAAUUGGAAGAAGUGUUUUAAAAGCUUUGGUAAUUACUUUAGUUAUAUCAGGUCCUUUGGAGAAUUUGUCAAAUAAUGGCAAAGAAGUGGUAAGAGUAUUUUCUUGUACAGCAUCUUUGCAAUUCAACUUAACAAAAGCAAGAUUUAGUUUGAUGUUUAAGCCAUUUGCUCAAGCCAUAUUUGGAAUUAAAACUGAGAUUUACGAGGUGAAAGAUACCAUAAGAUCUAUAAAAGAUGUUUCAGCUCCAGUAGCUGGUGAAAUUGAAAACGAACAAGUUGAAAGGGCAAUCAAAGAAGAAAACGAUUAUUUAGAUAAUGAUAAAACUAAUGAGAAAAAAGAUAAUUUAACUGAAUCACGUGAAUAUGAGAAAAUGUACUUGAAAAAAGUAGAAAUGCGUUGCAUGGAUCAAUUCACUAAAGCCUCGAUCAAAUGCCGAGCAAUGUUUCAAAAAGGCUACGAUACGUGUUACGAAACUGUAAGUUGGAUUGCUGCUUGGAUACUUUGCUGGCCAAUGAAAUUGGAUUUUGUUUGUAAUGUAGCUGAGGCCUUAGGAGGUGCUAGUAGAUGUGAUCCAUCCAAACACAUCGAUGCUGGUUUCGGAGAAGGCUACGCAUAUUUGAAACAGUCAAGAGUUUCUUUGACACAAAAUUUCAAAGAUGUUAAAUUGCAAUACAAAAUUGGUAAAAUCAAACAACUGCGGGAUUUAAGAGACGCUAGAGACACUGCAAGUGCUAUUUUGCAUAAUGUGAAAAAUAAAAAAGCUUUUUUUGAUACUAUUUCAAACAUCAUAAAAAGACUAUUGGUGUUGGUCUUUAUUAGGGUAAUUUUUAGUUCACAAACUUAUGAAGAAAAGUUUUUGAAAGACAUUGAGUUUGAUAAUUGUUACAUAAGCAAGUAUUUUCGUAAAAUUGAUGCCAGAAGAAAAUCCCAAGAAAAAUCUUCACUGUUACCAUUGAAAAAACUCGAAAGAAAACAACUCAUUGACCCAUUCUCACCAAAACCACUAAAAUCUGAAAGAGAGCUCAUACUAAAAGAGUCAUUUUUGUUAUUGCUCGAAAUGAUUACAGCUAGUACUUUUAUACUUUUGGACUCUCUAUUCUUUGAAGCUUUAGAUAUUAUAAGACGACAUGCCAGAAUUGAUUAUUUGACUACUGGAAAACAUGAUCUUGUUCUUACAAUAAAAGGUACAGGCAUGAUUGCCACCCUCCUACGCUCCCUAAUAAAAGGCUUCAACAUAAAAAAACGCAUCAAAGUCGAGCGUAGCAACGAAAAAUGCUUACCUAGACCUCAAAAACUAUCUAAAUCAUAUAUUUGGAAAAUCUACGGUACUUACUUUGCCAUAUGGCUAAUGAUGUGGUUCCAAGCUUACUUUUUACGAAUGCGAAGGAUGAUUUGCGCGUACUUUUUCAAAAAACGCGAAAAGAAGCGGAUUUUGUUUUUGUACAAUGAAACUUUGAAAAGGAGAAAGACUUUUUUAAAGUUUAUGAGGAGGAAUGUGGAAAGGAAAGCCAGGUCGCGUCGUUUGGAGGAAAACUACAAUAUUUUCCAAAUUAUGUCCGCCAAAAAUCAAGGGAAAUGCAAAUGGUUGAGGAUAUUUAAAUGUGCAAGAAGAAAAUGCUUGAUUUGUGACGAAACCGAACCCAGAAAACGUAGUAAAUUUAUCGAAUGCUCCAAUGAACACUGUUAUUUCAUAUAUUGUGAAGAAUGCUGGAAAGAUAUGGGUAACGAAUGCUUGGCAUGUACUUCUGAGGAAAUGCCUGAUAUUGAUACAACCGAAGAAGAUGAUGAAGAUGAAGAAAUAAUUGACGAAAAUUAAGUUUAAUAAUUGAUUUAUUA